AUGGCAUUACAGCCUUUGUCUAUCGUGAUCUUACUGGCAUAUGGUGCACUGAUAACUCUUAUCUCAUUGACACCAUGUUGGUAUGUCAUGGUAACACAUAUCGAGAAACAAGCGAAUUUGAGCUCAGAAAAUAUUGUAACCCAACUCCAAUCAGAAAUUAAGUACUCAGCUGAACUGUUGCACCCGAUGAAAUCAUCAUCGACAAAUUUAGCAAGAUUGUUGAGUUCAAGACUUGAUUCUACUAACAUCUCUUUCUCUGAUAUUGAAACCAAGGUUGCUCCAUUAUUAUUUGAAGCAUUUGAGACAAUUCCUCACUUAACACAAAUCUCAUACAUUGGAAUGGAAGGUCUCUUUUUCUCAUAUUGCAGUGAUCAUGAUCAAGCUCUUGCAAUAUACUCAAACUCAUCAUCAAAUAAAAUCUUGUACUAUGUCCAUCCUGUGAAUAAUGAAACUGGAAAGGUUUUUGGAGAAGCCAUAAUAUCAAACUCUUCUAUCAGCACAAGUUGGAUUAAGAAAGCAGCUAAUAUUUCAAAUGAAUUUGCCUCAUUGGGAACCAGGUGGACCAAUGGACAUGAUCUUUUGUUUCUAAAUUCUGCUAGAGUCAACAAAAUAGGAGUGAUCUCUCUAGGAUUUUCAGCAAAAGCAAUAACUGAUUCUGUUACUCGUGUCAACCGUUUAGGAACGGGCACAUAUUUGGCUACAAAAGAUGGACAAAUUCUUGUCGAAGGGAUUCAACAUAUUCGUUUGGUUAUUUCUAAUGAUUCGGUUUCAUUCCAAUCAGUGAAUGCAAAUGGAGAUGUGAUAAAGAAUUAUGAGGGUACUGUCACAUGCAAGGAUGAAGCUAAUGCUUCUAGUUUGAAUAUUCAAAAUACUCAAUAUCUAAUCCGCUGCUCUCCGAUUGAUAUAUUGGGAAUAGAAUCUGUGAAUGUUUUGGCUGUACCAAGAAAUGGAUUUGAUGUGAGUUACAAGAAAAUGGGAUUGGCUCUAUUGAAUGUAAUGUUAGUAAUGAUACUUGUUGCUGUCUUAGGUUUUCUAUUUAUAGAUGGUAGAGCCAUAAGGAGAGAAAUGCAUUUGUGUGCCUCACUUAUCAAACAAAAAGAGGCCACUCACCAAGCUGAGAGAAAAAAUAUGAACAAGAGCCUCGCCGUUGCUAGCGCUAGCCAUGAUGUUCGCACUUCUCUCGCAGGCAUUACUGCUCUCAUAAAAAUUUCAUCUAAGUUAGUUCCACCUGGUUCAGAAUUGGCUUCCAAUUUAAUCCAAAUGGAGGAUUGUACACAAGACUUACUAGGACUAUUGAACUCUAUACUUGACACAAGCAAAAUUGAGGUAGGAAAAAUGGAACUUGUGGAAGAAGAAUUUGAUUUAUCUCAUUUCUUGGAAGAAGUGGUUGAUAUAUACCAUCUUGUGGCGAUGGAGAAAGGUGUAGAUCUUGUAUUGGACCCUUGUAAUGGUUCUGUUAUAAAAUAUUCGCGCGUUAAAGGCGACAGGGGAAGACUUAAACAAGUUUUGUGUAAUUUACUGAACAAUGCUGUUAAAUUUACAAAUGAAGGACACAUAACGGUUCGAGUGUGGGCUCGGAAGCAAACAUUAAGUAGCUCAAUAAUCAAGACUAACCAAAAUAGUUUCAUGAAACAAUUGUCAUGGUUGUUUUCUAAGAAAAAAAAUGAAGCAGAUGAGGACAUAGAAAAAACUAUGAAUUCAAUUCAACAAGAUCCUCCGCGUUCUAUGGAUUUCACAUUUGAAGUUGAUGACACAGGAAAAGGAAUUCCUAAAGAGAAUUACAAGUCUGUAUUUGAGAAUUAUGUUCAAGUCAAAGAAACUAAUCCUGUCCAAGAAGGAACAGGCUUAGGACUUGGAAUUGUGCAGUCUUUGGUACGUUUGAUGCAUGGAGAUAUUGAAAUUGUGGACAAGAAUAUUGGUGAAAAAGGAACAUGUUUUAGGUUCAAUGUUCUCCUCGGUUUAUGUGAAGGUGAAACAGUGACAGAUUUUAGCACAAAGGAAGGUCUUGAGUAUGGAACAAGUAACGGCACUCAAGCUCGAGGGAGAACCACUCAUGCUACUAGUUCUAGUUCAAACAUUUGUUCCAUGAGUCCCAUGUAUCAUAUGUGCAACUCUAGUCCUAGGCUCGAGCCAUCCCGUGUUGUUCUUUUCAUUGGAAAUGUGGAGCGUCGGAGGACUUGUAAAAGGUUUAUGAAGAGCUUAGGGAUUAAAGUUAAGGUUGUGAAGUGUCAAAAAGAUCUGUUUGAUACUCUAGAGGAGAUCAAACAGAAAGGUCGUCGUUCAAAUGGCCCAAGUUCUCCAGAAUCCUCUUCCAAUUUGAGUUCUUCUCAUAAUUCAUUUUCUAGAGCUAAAGGUGUUCCCUUGAGUUUUAUGGAUGGAACUGAGUAUAUGUCUCCAGUGUUCAAAAAGACAAACUUCGGAACUGUAGCAUGUUUUGUCUUGAUUGUCAUCGAUGCAAAUGCAGGAUCGUCAUUUUCUGAACUCUUUGGGAUUGUAUCCAAAUUCAAGAAAGGCCUUUCGAACUCUUGUAACGUUGUUUGGUUGGAUAAUCCACAUAUGCAUCGUAUCGAUUCCAGAAUAAUUGAUCAAAAUGACAUUGUCAUAUCGAAACCAUUUCACGGUAGUCGUUUGUUCCAAGUCAUAAUGCUUCUUCCUGAGUAUGAUAAUGGUAGUGUUUGGCAAAGCAUUAAGAAACCUCACACUAGAAAUUCUCCGGUUCACCAAGGAGAAAUUCAAGAAUGUGAAGACUCAAGCUGUUACAAACCUUUGCAUUGCAAGAAGUUUUUGGUUGUUGAGGAUACUAAAAUUUUACGUGUUAUAGCGACAAAUAUAUUGGGUUCGCUUGGUGCAACUGUCGAACAAUGUGAGAAUGGCAAAGAAGCUGUAAUGCUAGUUGUUGAAGGUCUAAAAAGAGAUGAUCCUAAUCCUCCUUAUGAUUACAUCUUAAUGGAUUGCCAGAUGCCGGUGAUGGAUGGAUUUGAGGCAACAAGGCGGAUACGAGAGAUGGAGAAGCCGUUCGGUGUUCGUAUUCCUAUCAUUGCAUUAAGUGCAGAUAUUGAUAGAUCGACGACGGUGACUGGAAUGGACUUUUAUAUAGAGAAGCCACUUAGAAAAGAGCAUUUACUUGAAGCCAUCAGAAUCUUAAACAGUUAA